UUUCAUACACCACUAAGCAAACAACCAACUUAUAUAUAUAUAUAUAUAUAUAUAUAUAAAAUAAAUCUUGGUGACACAUAAAAUAUCUACCAAGCAACAAUUUUUAUACAAGUUUCAGACACCCUUUACUCAAAAUGCAAAAGGCAGGAAACAAAAAGGAGAUGAAAUAUGUUUUAGUGACUGGAGGUGUUGUUAGUGGACUUGGUAAAGGAGUUACUGCCAGCAGUGUUGGCCUUCUUCUUCAAUCUUGUGGUCUUCGUGUUACUUCCAUUAAAAUUGAUCCUUAUUUGAACACAGAUGCAGGAACAAUGUCCCCUUUUGAGCAUGGAGAAGUUUUUGUAUUGGAUGAUGGAGGAGAGGUGGACUUGGACCUUGGUAACUAUGAGCGAUUUCUAGAUAUCAAAUUAACGCGCGAUAAUAAUAUCACCACGGGGAAAAUCUACCAGUCUGUCAUUGACAAGGAGCGAAGGGGCGAUUAUCUAGGAUCAACGGUUCAGGUUGUUCCACAUAUCACAGACGCGAUUCAAGAAUGGAUCGAACGUGUAGCAGCUAUACCUGUGGAUGGAAAAGAAGGUUCACCUGAUGUCUGUGUCAUUGAGUUGGGGGGUACUAUAGGGGAUAUUGAAUCUAUGCCGUUUAUUGAAGCUCUUGGACAAUUUUCGUACCGUGUUGGUACUGGAAACUUUUGCUUGAUACAUGUUAGCCUUGUGCCUGUUUUAAAUGUUGUUGGUGAACCGAAAACAAAACCAACCCAACAUAGUGUUAGGGGAUUAAGGAGCUUGGGAAUGACCCCAAACAUAUUAGCAUGUCGCAGCACAAUGGAACUGGAUGUUAAUGUUAAGGAAAAACUUUCUAGAUUUUGUCAUGUUCCGUUGGAGAACAUAGUUAGUCUGUACGAUGUUCCCAAUAUAUGGCAUAUUCCUUCACUAAUGCGAGACCAGAAGGCACAUGAAGCAAUACUGAAAGCGCUUAAUCUUCUUAGUGUGGUAUGCAAACCAGCUUUGGAAAACUGGACAACUAUGGCUCAGCGUUGUGAUAUGCUACAAGAGCCAGUUGUAGUUGCAAUGGUUGGAAAGUAUACAGGUCUUUCAGAUGCUUAUCUGUCUAUACACAAGGCUUUGUUGCACGCUUCAGUUGCUUGCAGAAGGAAGUUAAUUAUCAACUGGGUUUCUGCUAGCGAUCUUGAAGAUGCGACUGCUUUAAAAGAUCCCGAAGCCAAUAGAGCUGCUUGGAAUUCAUUAAAGGCUGCAGAUGCUGUGCUGGUUCCAGGCGGUUUUGGUGACAGAGGUGUGGAAGGAAAAAUCAUUGCUGCAAAAUAUGCCCGUAAGAACAAGAUACCGUACCUUGGGAUAUGUUUAGGAAUGCAAGUUGCUGUGAUUGAGUAUGCCAGAUCUGUUCUUGGUCUUCAAAAUGCAAAUAGCACCGAGUUUGAUGCCAACACUAAAAAUCCUUGUGUCAUAUUUAUGCCUGAGGGGUCCAAAACGCAUAUGGGUGGUACUAUGAGGCUAGGAUCUAGGAGGACUUAUUUUCAAGUUGCAGACUGCAAAUCUGCUCAACUAUAUGGUAAUCAGAGUUUUAUUGAUGAAAGACAUCGCCAUAGAUACGAAGUGAAUCCCAACAUGGUAUCACAGCUAGAAAAAGCUGGUCUCAGUUUUACUGGGAAAGAUGAGACCGGACAACGGAUGCAGAUUGUUGAACUCCAUAGUCACCCGUACUUUGUGGGAGUUCAGUUCCACCCGGAAUAUAAAUCCAGACCAAGAAAACCUUCAGCGCUUUUCUUAGGGCUUAUAGCAGCAGCAAGCGGGCAGUUGGAUGCCUUUCUAAAGAAGAGUGUUGGUGGUACAAAGGCAAAUGGGUAUAUUCCCAUUGGAAAAGGGAAGCCAGGAUUAUCACCAAAACAUCGAUAUGGUCCCAUAAACGCAAAAGUAAACAUUGGAUCAUUUGAUGGAAUGUACACUAAUGGCAACGGUUUGCAUGUGUGAGAGAAGUUCUUAUAGGCAUAGUGUAGGACUCCUCCCCUUCCCCUUCCUACCAAAAAUAACAAGUGAUUUUGAUAGCUUUGUUGGUUCUGUAUAGUGUGUGGUUGGUUGGUUGGUUAGGGAUUGAUGGAUGGAGCUGGUAUCCGGUGUUUUAAUUCGGAACGGCCUUGCUUUUGUAUUAGCCAAGUCUAUGUCCUAGUUUAUCAGACUUCCUAUUUUCAUUAUAUUUGUUUUCGGCUAGAAAAGCUUACAUCUUUGUAUCCAAAUUUUGCAUAAUCUUGUAACCUUUAUGAGCUGUGGAAGGAAAAACAUGUUGGUUGAAUGUAA